GCAAUACUGGACCAAUCACAGGAAAGAGUGAGAGAGUGCGUGUGUUUCCGCAGAACAGACUACAGGCUACAGCUGCAGUAAAGAGCGAACACACACACACACACACACACACACACACAAGGAUCGUCAGAGAAAAUUUAGUCCAAACCCAUCAGGUCGUUAGUCGAGUGUGUCUAGGCAGCUGGAAUCAUCAUGGCAGUAGGCGGCUGUGGACAGUUCUGCAAAUGGAUCGUCAUCCUGUUCAACAUACUCUUCAUCUUGGUGGGUAUGGGUUUAUUAGCAGGUGGAUUGUAUCUGCGCUUCAGUGCUGACGUGCCCAAGGAUAUGAAAACCAACCAUUUCAUGUUCAUGGUUGGACUGUCCAUAGCCAUUGGUGUUGUGAUUCUCAUCACUGCUGCAAUUGGAGAUUACGGCUCCUGUAGUGAGAAUAAAUCUUCGAUUGGUGUGUACUGCUCUCUGCUGUUUUUGCUGGCUGCUGCAGCUGCCAUCGGAGGGGGCGUGGCCUUUGUUAAGAUUUCAGAGUUCUCAGGCCAUGUUGCAGAGUUUUACGCCACCAUCUAUGCCCAGUACAUGGUUACAGGAGACUUGAUCCGAGCCUUCAUCCUCAAACUGUUCCACAAAUAUUUUGACUGCUGUGGCCUGGGAGGAGCUGUGCAGACGCUCAUGGGUGCUACUAACAUCUGUCCACAGCAGACAUCCAUUCUGGGAAUUCCUGUCUCCACCUCUUCUAGUUGCCUGCCUCUGAUUAUGAGCCAGCUGGAUGCCUCUUCAGUGCUGACAUUUUUUAUGGUAAUCGCUGGGAUUCUGAUUACGGUUGUCGUUUGUGCUGGUUUUAUUUACCAGCAGCUGUCUCGCCCUGUCAUUACUUCUCCCCCUUACAUCCCUCUCUCCUCUAAUCCUUGUUCUCCCUCUUCCAUUGCUGUCUGCUCCUCUAUCCCUUAUACCUCUCCACCAUCCUACACCACUGUGGCUGAACAAGUCUGAUCUAACAAAGCAGACUCUCCUGCGGACUUGUUAAGUCAUUCCUCUCUUUUUUCUCUAUACACCUUCCUUUUCAGAAUAAUGAUGGUUAGUGGGUGAUUAGUAGAGUUCUCUCUAUCUUCUAUAGGUUCACAGUGUUCUACCUGAAACUUUGAUCUUUUUGGUUUUCUCUUCUGAUUUUCGGUCUCUCUCUCUCCCUCUCUCUCUCUCUCCCUCUCUCUCUCUCUCUCUCUCUCCAUCUUUCUGGUAGUUCCUGGUGUUGGUCUGCAGUGUUAUGCUCUGCUGCAGCAUAAAGAACAGUGAGCACUACUCACCACCACUGUACUACUGACCUACAAAAGCUCAACGAUGCAACACACCAUCCUUCUGUCCUCCACCUAAUAUUCUCAUUUCCUCCACUCAGUGUUUUCCUAUUCUUCUGCCAUCCAUCCAAUCUUCUUCUAACCCCCCUUUCACCUAACCAUCUUCUCAUUCUGCCUCUCCUACACCUGAUUUCCUCCUGUCCUUCUCUUCUCCACUCAGUCUUCUCAUAUCCUCCAACCUUCUCCUAAUCUCUUGUCCUCCAGCCAAUCUUCUCAUAUCCUCCACUCCUCCACCAAAUAUUAUCUUCUCUUGUUCUCCAUCACUUCUCUUUACUCUUCCACCACUCUUACUUCUUCCCCCCUUUCUUCACUUCCUCUGUUCUCUUCCAUCUGUUCCUCCUCUUUCCUAGAAGAUUUGUCUACUCAAGUGGAAGAGACAUCAAGCAGAGAUAUGCCACUGAGGAGGACUUCUGUGUCAAGCACACACACACACACACACAUACAAAGUCUGUGGUGUUUCCAUUGAGUUAUUUAUUUUUGUAGUUAAAUGAUGCAAAGGGAAAUCAAUGAUCUCUAUUAGAUUUUCAGACUUAUUCUUUUCACUAAAAGCACUUUUCUCCAGAGGACCAGACAAAAUUCCACUCAAAGCUCAAAUCUGUCAUGCAUUCCUAUCAUUAUGGGGACAUUUCGCCCUCAAAAAGAUCGAAAAUCUUUACAAAUACAAAUAUACAUUCCAAUUGUCAUAACACACAUAUGCGCACACACACACAUUUUUGCAUUUUGCAAAUCAUUUACAUUUCAUCAUUUUUCUUUGCCUUUUGUUUUUAUUGCACUUUUAUUUUAUUUUAUUUUAAAAGUUUAUCAUUAAGAAGUAUUACAUUUUAAGUGUGUGAAAUGGAGUGUUAAUGUUACAUUGUCCUUCCUAUAGCAUGACAAAUGUAUGUGUUUUUCCUACAUUAAUAAACUUUGGUGUGUACUUUU